CCCCUUGGCUUUUCCUCCUCCCCCCCCGUCUCUCUGCUCCUGCCUUCCUCCAUUUUCCGUUAGAUUCAUUGCUCUUAAAAUCUCUCCCUCUCUCUUCUGAUUCUGCUUAGUUUAUCUUGGAAACGGGAAUUUAUUUUCCCGGAAAAGUCAUAUCGUGGUCGUGGAAUCUGUUUUCUCAGGCAAAAUCUGAGAUAAAUUGUUGUUAGCAAUGCUUGACUUAGGCUACGGGGGUCGCUCUCUAUAAAGAUUGGGCUCUUUCUCCGGCAGGACUGACUCUGGUUGGCUUCAAUGGAGAUGCAGAAUCAAAAAGAGAGCACAAAGUCAAACAACUGUGGCAUGGCCAGUAGCUGCCUUCCAGACGGCAGCACAAAAUCUGAAACUGUUAUCUGUAAGAAGGAUGUGACUAUAACUACUACAGGAGACAAUUUUACUCCCAAGGCAAGGAAACCAUAUACCAUUACCAAGCAAAGGGAAAAGUGGACCGAGGAAGAGCAUCAGAAGUUCCUUGAAGCUUUGAAACUGUAUGGCCGUGGUUGGCGUCAAAUUGAAGAACAUGUAGGUACCAAAACUGCAGUUCAAAUUCGAAGCCAUGCACAGAAGUUCUUCUCUAAGUUGUUUCAGGUUGUGCGGGAAUCUGAUGGUAGCACUGAAAGUUCUGUAAAGCCAAUUGACAUACCUCCUCCUCGGCCAAAAAGGAAACCAUUGCAUCCAUAUCCACGCAAAUCUGCUGACUCGUUCAAAGGACAUUCAAAUGAGUCAGAAAGAUCUCCAUCGCCAAACAUGUCAGCUGCAGUGAAAGACACCCAAUCUCCAACUUCAGUGUUAUCUGCAUUUGGUUCAGAAGCAUUCGGAUCAGCAUUCUCUGAACAGACGAAUAGAUGUCCUUCCCCUAAUUCUUGCACUACUGACAUCCACUCGAUCCACUUAUCUCCAGUCGGAAAGGAAAAUGAUUGUAUUACGUCCAUUUCGUCUGAGGAACAGACGGGAUAUUUAGCUUCUGUCCCUUCAAUUGCUGAUUUGAAGAAAGAUCUCUCCCUGAAGGUUGAGUUGACUUCAGAGAAAAACGAGAAUUCUACUGAAGAUGAUACCAAAAUGCCACAGGUCACAAGCAUUAAACUUUUUGGAAGAACUGUCUCCUUGACAAAUAAUCAGACGUCAGUGAAUAUAGAUGAGGACAGAAUUCAGUCAGUUAUAUGUAAGGAAAACACUUGCUCUGUUGAGUCAGGAUUUGAUGAUUCUUUACCAAGCUGGAACUUACACCAAAGUCUUCCAGACUUCGACCUUGGGCUGCGAAACAAAAUUUUUAAUCUUGCACCUCAUCAUACCUCCCUCAAAGAGAGAGUGAUUGAGAAGGAAAGUCAUUGUAUAGAUUAUAACACUGAAUCAGUUAGUGAAAUGGAAAAUGGAGACAAGUUGGAUGCUUUUGAUUCUCAAUGUCAAUCAUCCCACCAUCAGGGAAGAACCUCCUCCAAAUCUCCACGAGGGUUCAUGCCAUAUAAAAGAUGUUUAGCUGAGAGAGAUGUGAAUGCGUUUGUUGAUGGAUUGGAAAAGAGGAAGGCGCAACGAACUCGAGUGUGCUCAUAGCAUUGCUUUUCAUUUCUCAGAUUAAGAACGAAUACUGACUCUUGUGGAUACACUGGGUAGGGAGGUCACUUCGUAGAUAGCCAUUGUGGUGUUAGAAAAAUACGUUGUUGCGAGGCUUAUUUAAGUUGUCGGUCCAGGGAGCUGACAUGCACCUGAUUACCAAUUCCUUUACCCCAAAUCGCCAAUCACAUUACUCGAGCAUUUUUCAACCUUCAAGAAAGCACGGUUAAGUCCAAUAAUUGAGAGGGAAAGUCUUAAUGUUUUUCAUUCCCUUGUGAUGGUAGUUUGACCUAUAGGAGCCCAGGAUCCUGGUCUACAAGAAAGCGGUUGAUCUAUUGGUAUAUUUAGUUUUGGCAUGAUCAUGUCAUUGUAGCAGGAUGAUUGGAUCUGAAAUGAAGUGCUAAAAACGAAAUGGGGACGAGGAACAUCAACCUAGUUCGCAAAUAUCAGCUAUUUGUUCUUUUGACUCAUCCAUUUCGAAGGACCAUGUGUUUGAGAAUCUACCGAGCAGUUUGUAUAUCAGGAUUUUCUUCUGUAUCCUCAUUUUUUGACCGCAUAUAUAACAUUGCCCCUUCGUUCAUUA